AUGCCUCCACCGCACAAAGGCUGGCGGCAGAGUUUCAGCAUACUCAGAGACAUGUACAAAGGCGUUCCCGAACCGCCGGCCCUGUCGUCCAGUGCGGCGGCACUCCUCUCGGCCGCAUAUGUCUUCAUCUACGUAAUACCAUUCUACCUCUCGCCCGCCACGCGUCCGUCUCCCACUCUGACGCGCGACGCGCCGUCGUCGAUACGCGCCAGAGUACGGGCCGUGACCUUGUCUACCAUCCUGUGCUCUAUCCUCACCGUACUUGUACUCUACCAGCAUGAGACAUCAGCUUCGGACAUGGCCCAUUUACUUGGUCUGUGGCCUGUUUCGCCAUUGGACAUGAUUCGUACCAUGCUCCUGGUCACUAUACUCUUUGCCGGCCCUAUUUUUGAGCACGGUGUAGUAGACGGCGCCUGGAGGGACUGGGGACCCGUGAGUGAAGAGUUCGUCUGGCGCUCCUUCAUCAUCCCACUCCACGUGCUUGCUCGCUUCUCCGGCAAACAGAUCGUCUUCCUGACUCCACUUUACUUUGGCAUUGCGCAUGUCCACCACCUCUACGAGUUCCGCAUUACCCACUCUGAAGUUCCCUUGUUCGUAGCCGUGCUCCGCUCACUCUUCCAAUUCACCUACACGUCACUAUUUGGCUUCUUUGCCGCCUUUGUCUUUAUCAGGACGGGAAAUGUCUACACCUGCAUCCUAGCGCACGCUUUCUGCAACUGGAUGGGACUUCCGCGCUUCUACGGCCGUGUUGGCGUUGAAGCCGGUAUCCCCAUCGGCCCGCCAGACGUUGACAAAAAGGACGACGAGCAAAAGAUCGCUCCGGCAUAUCAAGGCAAGGGCAUUGGGUGGACCGCGGCUUACUACAUCGUUCUAGUAGCGGGAGCAGUGGGCUUCUACUACCAACUGUUCCCAUUGACCGAGAGCAGUCACGCUCUUCCUGUUGAAACGGGAGUGACGCCAUAUUAUGGCAUGCACUAA